AUGUCAGUAGUUCGAAGUAACACUGUCUCUGAACGCACCUCCAUUACAAGGUUCUCGUUUCAUAACAACUAUAUCGAAGCAUCCUGCACGAUUGUUAAACACGAGGAAACUGUUCAGGUCCAGCUACUCCCACGUCAAGCCAAUCACCUCGCUCAACUCGGUGCGGCUCUGCAUUUGAGCACUAUGUUGUGGGCAUUCUUGGUCGAGAGUUUACCGCACAUGUUCUGCGUUCUCGUCCGCCAUUAUUGGCAAAUAUGGUUCAGCGAAUUGAUCCACGCAUUCUCUUUAUUACUUGGCUGGCUUAUACUCUAUCGAGCUGCCUGUGGAAAGAAACUGUUCUCAACGAGAGUUAGGAGAACGAUUCGACAUGACCUGAAACUUCGAGCUUUCCAGUUGAUCUUGACCAUGUGGACAAGUCUAUAUUUGACAGGGUUUCAGGCUCGGGAAAUGCUAAGGCAGGUCUACUACUGCGGCGAACGUGGGCGUAAUUGCAAGCUCCCAGGUCAGAUCUGGUACACCGCCGGUCCUGACGCGGAGGUUUGGACCACCUACUUGUGGAAGUUCAUCAUUAUCCCUAUCACGUUGAACCUUUUUGCAGGCAUUAGACUGCUGGGCGAUUGGCAUAAUAGUCGAGAUCACAUGGACAGCUUGACGAUUUGA